AUAUAGUGAAUGCAGGGUCUGGGGAGAGUAGAUAUAGUGAAUGCAGGGGUCUGGGGAGAGCAGAUAUAGUGAAUGCAGGGUCUGGGGAGACCAGAUAUAGUGAAUGCAGGGUCUGGGGAGACCAGAUAUAGUGAAUGCAGGGUCCGGAGAGAGCAGAUAUAGUGAAUGUAGGGUCUGGGGGAGACCAGCAGAUAUAGUGAAUGCAGGGUCUGGGGAGAGCAGAUAUAGUGAAUGCAGGGUCCGAGGAGACCAGAUAUAGUGAAUGCAGAGUCUGGGGAGAGUAGAUAUAGGGAAUGCAGGGUCCAGGG